AUGGCUGAUAAAUUAUUCGCUAUUCGCAAUUAUUUCUUUUUGGGAAGUUAUCAAUCAUGCAUUGGCGAGGCUUUGAAAUUCUCUUCAAAAAACGAGGAGGAGAAACUUGAAAAAGAUAUUUAUCUGUACAGAGCCUACAUCGCUCAGGGUCAAGCUUUCAUUCCACUCAAAGAGAUUCCAUCAAGCACCAAAUCACCAGAACUUCUCGCCGUUCGCCGGUAUGCUGAAUUCGUCAGCGAUCCAAGAGCAAAACAACGCGUGCUCCAAGAAAUCAAGGACGAAGUCGCCUCAAGAUCGAUCAAAACCGAAAUCGGCGCAGUCUUGGCCGCAACUAUUUUGAACGAGACAAAUAACCCAGAGGACGCCUUCCGCGCAGUUUCCCGUUUCGAAGGAUUGGAGCCGCGAGCCGUCAAAGUUUUCACUCUUAUCAAAAUGAAUAAGAAGAAGUUGGCGAUGGCCGAAGUCAAAAAAAUGAAUGCGAUCGACGAGGAUGCGACACUUUCUCAACUCGCCAAUGCUCUCGUCACUUCGUUUGCGGCAACCGGCAAAGUUAAAGACGCUCUUUAUAUUUAUAGCGAAAUGGCUGACAAAUACGGAAAAACGUCGGAUUUGGAAAUGCAUCAAGCUGUCGUCUCGAUUCUCACCCAGGAUUAUACCUCAGCCGACGAGCUUUUGAGCAACGCUUUGGAAAGAGAUAGCAAGGAUGCUGAUGUUCUUAUUAACACUCUUGUGGUUUCACAAUGUUUGGAAAAAGAUGACGAUGUUUCGGACCGUUUCAUUUCCCUUCUCAAACACGACCACGCUUCUCAUCCAUGGACCAUCGACUAUAUUGCCAAGGAGAACGAAUUCGAUCGAAUCGCCGCCGAGACCAGUGCCUAG